AUGGUAGGCUGUCCGCUUCGUCCGGUUGACGUCUUUGGGUGCCCAAAGACGGCCUUGGGUGAGAACCUGGAGCCGCAGCGGACGUGGCUGGAGUGGGUUUUUAUGCCGCGGCAUAAACCCCUGUUUUACGACUUCAUGGCGAACGCCAAGGCGGGCUUGACUGUGGCUCUUGUGAACGUGCCGCUAAGUAUUGCCCUCGCCAUUGGAAGCGGCGCAACCCCGGCGCAGGGUAUUGUGAGCUGCGUCUGGGCGGGUCUCAUUGCGGCUAUUUUUGGUUCCUCGCACUUCAACGUCAUUGGCCCGACGGGAGCCCUCAGCGGACUGCUUGCCUCGAUGGUUGUGUCGUACGGCGGGGGCGUGUUGGCCCCACUCGCCCUGCAGGCGGGACUUUGGAUGGCGCUUUUCUUUUUGCUUCGCGUGGAUCGUCUCCUGCAGUACGUGAGCUCUGGGGUGGCGCACGGGUUUGGCUGCGCCGUGGCGAUCGUGAUUGCCGUCGGGCAAAUUCCCUCGGCGCUGGGGCUGAAAGGCGUCAUGCCGAAGGAGUCACUUGUGGACAAGCUGAGGGAGGACUACAGAUGUCUUGGGACGCUCAGCGUCCCUGACACGCUGCUCUUUCUUGUAACCGUCAUCCCUCUGCUCAUUCUGUCCAGGCGGUACAACAAAAUCCCAUGGCAGAUUAUCUUCACCCUCUUUGGGAUAUUCGUCGCCCAAAUACUGCCUCGCGGGUCAUUCAUCCUGCUAAGCAUGAAGUACCCGGAUUUGUCACUUAAUUUCUUUGCCGUCGAGUCGCUUGAGGCGCUGAUAAGUCCCCGGUGGUUUCACCCAACAGUUGUCCUCUACGGGUUUGGCAUCGCCACCGUCGGACUCAUGGAGACCCUCAUCAGCUCGCUUAUUGCAAACAACCAUGUGGACGAUAAGUCGUACCUAAACUACUCGAGUUCCCGUGACACGUUUGGCCUGGCCCUCGCGAACAUGUUCAGUGCGUUCUUUGGGGGAAUUCCAUCGACCGCCGCAUUGGCGCGGACGGCGCUGAUGGUGCACUCCGGCGCCUUUUCGCGGGUGUCCGGCGUUGUCUCCUGCGUUGCCGUGGCCCUUUUGUGCAGUGUGCUCCGCCCCCUCUUCAAGGAGCUGCCCAUGGCCACCGUGGCGGCCAUUCUGAUGGUUGUCGCCUACAAACUUGUGGACUUUCACGACCUGCACAUUCUGCAUGUCAUUGACACCGCGAACCUCUACUCCACCAUCAUUACCUGCGCCGCCUGCACCCUCACCGACACCUUUCUUGGGCUCCUCGUCGGCAUUGUGAUUAGCGUGCUGCUGAACUACAGCGACGUGGCCGUGUCCGAGGUCCUGUUCCUUGAGGAGGAUGAGGUGUUUGCAUCACCACGCACGCCGCAGCCGCGUGUCUUUCGGGUCCUCAUUGUGCAGCCGCAGGAAUCGCUUCUCUUCAUCAACUGCGCACACGUGAAGAGCCUCAUCUUUGAGAGGAGUCUCGCCUUUCGUGAGUCGCUGCCAGCCGAGACGAAGAAGCGCCUCGUGCUUGACAUGUCUCUCGUGAAGCGCGUUGACUUUGACGGAACGAAAGCCCUCGGUGAAAUUAUCAACGCCCAUCGUGAAAAGGCCUGGGUUGUCGAUGUAUUGAACUGCCAGCACCUGCGCAACAGCCUGGUUCUUUGCACACCCUACCAGGACCUGCAGAAGCUGGAGUAUACUGAGCUGUACUGA